GCGCGGGGGCACCGCGAGGCAUCGUCACCUGUCGCUUGACCGCGCCGAGCGAGAUAGCAGCACGAGGUCGUCCCCCCCUGUACGCCGCACGUGUUUUUUUGGUGUUGUCAUUCGUUGAACCCGACAACAACAACCCACCAGCAACCACCGACAGCCACCUCUUGUUAACAUUACAGCCAUGAAGGCCGUGAGUCCCGUCCGCUCCGUGCACCGUCAGUCGGCCGAAGCCGCCGCCGCCGUUCACCGGCUGGCCGAGGAGCGACUGCUGUACGACAUGAAGGGCUGCUACAGCCGGCUCAGCCAGCUGGUGCCCACGCUGGCGACCACGGGGCGCAAGGCGAGUCGCAUGGAGAUCCUGCAGCACGUGAUCGACUACAUCCUGGACCUCCAGGUGGCGCUCGACGAGGGCCCCGUGGAGGAGGGAGCGCCCGGCGAUGCGCAGGUGUGCACAGACAUGGCAAGUUUGACCGGAAACAACGAGACUCUCUGCUGCUGAGAUUCGCGAGACUUCGCAUUCCUUCUCUCGUCCCUUGGAACGAGCGGGGCGUGCGCCGACUUGGGAGAAAGAAGGAAGUUGGAACUCCCCGUCGUGUGUCCCCAAGAAGAGCCACGCCACCACACAAGCACGCGGCGUGCGGAAGCAGACGAAUGUUUCGAAACCCAACGGAUCCAGUCAUUCCUGAGCUUGUAUUUUUUUUUUUUACACACAGCUUUAUAUUUUUUAGCAAGUCAUUUAAACAACAAACAAACAAUGUCUAGUUUUUUUUUUAUUCCUUAGCGUUUAAAAACCUAAUUUUGUCGAUUUGCCAAGUUGUUGUUGGUGUUUUGUAAAAUACAACUGCUUGGACUUUAAUACAUUUUCACAAUUUCCGAAAAGAGGGGGGAAAAAAAACAAUUUUCAGUGAUGCAGCAUUUUCCCCAAACUCUCGACCCCGGCCCCAGGGCCUGCUGGCAUAUGCAUGAUAAUGAUGCACACUUCCAACAUUUUCGCCACUCGCCGUUUAAAUGCAAACCAGUGCAUUAAACGCAUUUGCGCGCCUCUGAACCUGGUGAAAAUGUAAACGGGAGCAAUUGGGAGUUGGGGAAUAAUGGUUUCGUUUGCUGUUAAAAGUUGGGUAGGUUUGGCGAUUGCUGCAAGUGCAGUACUGAGAGACACUUUACUGACGGGGAGAGGAAGUUAGUUGCCGUACGUACGCACGUACACUCGACAAGGCAGUGUUGCACAACUGUUAGGGUAUUUUGUGGACCAAUGUCUUAACAGUGCUUGUUUGCGGCUCAAAAGGCCUGAGCCCCUCUUACCACCACCACCACUGUGGCAGCUUGAGAUUGGUUCAACACCUGUUUUAAGAGGUGUGGGUACGGCUGCAAUCGAGCACUGUUUUGUAAAAAAAAAGAUUGCUGGCAGUUUGCGUUAACAACUGUGGCUGCUUGUGUGUGUAAUAUGUAUAUAAUAUAUAAAGUUUAUAUUUUUUGUUAGACCAAUGGCAAUGCAAAGUGCGUGCGUGUUUGGGUCAAUUUCUGCGAGAGUGGCCGAGGCUGUGAAAAAACGGGGCGGGGGGGGGGUUGUACAGAGUAAAAUUUUGUAAGCAGAAAAGUACAAAAAAUGUUCCGAACUUGGCUGCACGCAAGUUCGCUUGUAAAUUUGUUAUUUCUGUUCUCUCUUGACACGUUUUUUUUACCUUUUGAUGCAACACUUUGAUUAUCGUAUCCUGUAUCAGGCGACGUGUAUAAAUCAUUACUGACCAUGAUGAUGAACCGUGUAUAAUGUUGCUUUGGCAAAACACGCCUUGUUGGAAAAAAAUUGUUUUAACACUUCGCCUAUACCUUUUAUGUAUAUGGCACGCCUUGUUGAAAAAUAUUUUAUAUUAAAAUGUACCAUUUUUUCCUAAA